AUGUCCGUCGACGUCGUGGACAAGUUCGGCAACACCCCGCUCCUCGUCGCGUGCCAAAACGGCCACGGGCGGCUGGCGAAGAUGUGCGUCCGCUACGGCGCCGACGUGAACGCGGCGAAUAACAAGCGCAACACCGCGCUGCACUUCGCGGUGCAGUACGGCUUCGACGCGCUCGGGGACUUUCUCGUGGAGAAAGGCGCGAGCAGGGACGCGCGAAACGACGACGGGAGGACCCCGUACGAG